GCCACUUGGCCAGAACUGCAGCCCCGUCCAAAUGCAUUCGAGUGCAACGAUGCAAUGUGCGGGCGCAUUAGCCAGUUACUUAGUUAGUUGCAUCGGCUAGUUAGUUAACUUAGUUGCCUAAGCGAAGCGCUGCUGUGUAGAACUAUAUGCGGAAUGCACUUGACUAAGCUACUGCUCUCCAUAUCCUGCCUCAUGUGUCUGGCCGAGGCGCACAGCCUGCCGCCAGCGGUGCAGCUGGGCGGUGCAAUAGUCGCUGCCGUCGAACAGGACGCCGAGCAGGAGGAGGCAGCCGCCACGGCGGAGCAGCGCUGGCUGCCGCUGGUCGAGCAGCAGCUGCGUCAGCUGCUCGGCAGCGAACUAAGCGCGGAGCAGCUGGCCAAGCUGCUGGACAACUGGACAACCGAAGCUCGCGGCAAGAAGCACAAACAGAAGAAGCUGCUGAAGAUGCUUUAUCCGCUGCUGGGCGCCGCUGUGCUGGCCAAGUUAAUACUGUUGCCCUUGAUCUUGAAAUGGCUGACGGCGCUCUCGGCCUCAUCAUUUGUCAUGGGCAAAAUAGCGCUCGCUGCCGCCGGCCUAUUGGCCUUGAAGUCCAUCAUGAGCCCCGCACACGAACGGCUGGAGAUUGUGCACGCCUCGGCGCCAUCGCUGAAGAGCUAUCAUGGGGAUCUCUCCUCGAGUGGCACCAGCUGGAUGCCACUUAGGCAGCACUACAUACCGCUGGGCGUGGCCAAGGCGCAGGCCAACUAUGACAACAAGCCUUUUUUAUAGACGAAGUCUUGUGGCGCGUUAUGUUAGUUAGUAAGUCUUAGCCGAGUCUAAGUAAGUCUAAGCCGAGUCUUAGUAAGUCUAAGCCGAGUCUAAGUAAGUCUUAGCCGAGUCUUAGUAAGUCUUAGCUGAAAGCUGGUUUAAAUUAUUAAUUAAAAUGUUUAUUUACCACGAACCGCAUUUUAAUUGGAUUUAGUCGAGCCUUAAAACCUUAAAGAAUCUAUAAAAAAAACGUAUAUAAAGUUCAUCAAUUUCUAUUAAUUAAAACGGAGCUUGAACCAAACCGCUUUGAGGCCGGAAUUUUCAUUUAUUUUCUUAGCCACGAUAAGUUGGAUAAAAAAGAAGUCGAAGCUGAA